GCCGCCCCAUGGCGCAGCCAGCCAGAGGGAGGCUCUCACAGGGCCAGCAGACAGCCAGAGCCAUGCGCUGCUCCACUCUCACCCUCCUCUUCCUCCUCACGCAGGACUUCUGCCCCUGCCUUCAGGCAGCUGGGCUGAUGGUCCCAAAGGCCAGCCCUGGCAAGAAGAGGCAGAAGAGAGACUGGGUCAUCCCUCCAAUCAACUGCCCUGAGAAUGAGAGGGGGCCCUUCCCCAAGCAGCUGGUUCAGAUCAAAUCCAACAGGGACAAAGAGACCAAGGUUUUCUACAGCAUCACGGGGCAGGGCGCAGACACCCCCCCUGUGGGUGUCUUCAUCAUCGAAAGGGAGACGGGGUGGCUGAAGGUGACGAAGCCACUGGACAGAGAGGACAUCAGCCACUACACG